UCUAGCCAAGCAACAGAACCUUUUGUCCCACAAAUCUUGAGAAAUACCAAUCGGUCCAAGUACUAGGUAGAGCGGAGACAAACUGUAAAAUAGAUAAAAGCUGCCUUGCACCCCCCUCUCUUCUUCCACACCGAACGACUUACGUAGCCCGAGGUUUCGCUCUUGCUAGGAAACAGGCGUGACACUUAUAAAGACUAAUAGCUGUCCAAUACGGUGAAGAGAUUAUGUGCAGUAAAAUUCCAUUUUGAUUUGUGAACUAGGACACAUGCCUUGCAAGUAAUUGGUAAAUUGAGGACCCGACGUGAAAGAAGAAAGCCGUUCAGGGUAAAUGAUGGCAGAAAGAAUUGGGCAACGUCACAAGAACGAAACCCCAGAAGUGGUUCUGGUUACUGGUGCCUCGGGAUAUGUGGCGUCUCGUAUCAUUAGCGACCUGCUUCGAGUGAGAGUAGGGGACGAGCAGCGACCAGCGUACCGCGUGAGGGCGUCGGUGAGAGGAGAUGUGCGCUCACCCCGAUACGACGUUGUGAGGCGUAUAGCUGAGUCCAGUGUAUCACAAGGCCUGAGUCGCAGGGAUGGAGAAGAAGAAAGUCUACUGGAGCUAGUCACUUUGGAUUUGUGUGCAGACGAAGGAUGGGACAAUGCAGUAGAUGGCUGCUCCUACAUCAUACAUCUGGCUUCGCCGUUCCCAUUGAACGCACCGCGGAACGCAGAAGCGGAGGUCGUGCAACCAGCCGUUGAAGGUACUCGACGUCUUAUGGAGGCUUGCAGUCGGAGUCGCACCCUCAAGCGACUGGUCUUCACUAGCUCUGUGGCAGCGGUGUCCGGUGGUGGUGAUCCAGCUCGAGCUUGUCGUCCUGGCCACCACAUAUUCACUGAAGAGGACUGGCCGGAUCCAGAUCGCUUACCGCCGUACGAGCGCAGCAAGACACUGGCCGAGAAGAAGGCGUGGGAAGUGUGGAACGCAUUAUCCGUUGAUGAUAGAUUUGAAAUGGUGGUGCUGAAUCCGUCACUGAUAAUCGGGCCUCUUCUGUCUCCCAGCUCCAGUCCAUCUGUGGUGGUCAUUCUCAAGCUGUUCUCUGGCAAGUACCCGGCAGUGCCUCGCCUCUACCAGUCCAUGGUAGACAUUCGAGAUGUUUCUCACGUACACAUGAAGUGCCUGACACUUCCUGGAAUAUCUGGCCAGCGCUACAUAAUUUCAUCCGAAGCUGAGCCUUUGAAAAACCUCCCAGAGCUAGCCUGUGUCUUGUCAAGGCACAUGAGAGACAGAGGCUACUGGGUACCGACGAUAGGCCUUCCCCGGUGGGUGUGCAGCCCAAUGCGUCUCAUCUACCCGGAAUUGAGGCUGGCGUACCCGUUUGUCGACGUGCCCUGUUAUUACAGUGUGGACAAGGCAGCAGCUGUGUUCGGCAUGGAUUUCAUGCCACUCGGCGAGUCCAUUGUGGACAUGGCUGAGUCGUUUGAAGACCUGGGCAUGAUCAAACCCACACGUGCACCCAUCCUGCCGAUCGCCAGUAGCACACGUGGACGACGGUCUUCCGCAGGGACCACUGACGAUGUCGGUGAUGAUUAUGACGGAGAUAAUGCACAUGUUAUUGCGUCCUGGAGUGAUUAUUGCCCGUCUGAUGCGGACGUGCGGCCUAGUCGAUAGCAGAUGCUGACUAUGUACAAGCAAGUACUGCUGAGAAGCCUGAGUAAGUAUCAGAAAAAUUGCAAGCAGCAAAAUUGAUACUGCCUUGAACAGAGUCUGAACUUUUAAGAAUGGUUAGGUGAUGACAGUGUUUCAUUCCAAGUUCUGGCAUGGAACAAUUAUUUAUCGAGGCCUUGACAAGAUUUGCUUUUAGGUAUCUCAAAAUUCUCAAAGAAAGAACUGGACUUUUGCAACCAGGAAACAUAUUCCGUGUUUUGGAAAUGAAAAUCGAGGCUAUGUUGUAACUGGUUGAAGUAAGUUUAUCUAUGACCUGACCAUUA